CUAGCUAGUCAGUAGCUUACGUACGUGUAAUUAACCAGUGACAGUCAUUUGGACACAAACCACCGGAAAGUUCAUACAGUACCGUACGUUGACGAUGUCCACUGCUAGAAGUUUGCUGCAGAACACGGAACGGGAGAAAGAUGGCAGUAGUAAGUUGUCUCAGGGCACAGAAAACAAAAAGAAGGAUGAGUGGGAAGUGUUUUUCGAGUCUCACGAGCCACCGGCCGACUUCGCCGACAAAAAGCUGCGUAUGCAUGAGUUUGCAGAGGGUCACAUGAAGAAUGGUACACGGGUCGUACUUGUGACUUCUGGGGGAACUGCUGUACCUCUGGAGAACAAGAUGGUUCGUUUCAUCGAUAACUUCAGCUCUGGGAAAAGAGGUGCAGCGUCUGCCGAACAGUUCCUUUCAGAAGGAUACGCCGUGAUCUUCCUACAUAGGCACAAGACACUAAUCCCCUAUGAACGCCACCUUGCCAACACCAGAUUGACUGAUAUAUUGGACAUACGGAAAGAUCCAGAUGGCACACAACAAAUAGUUGCCAACCAAGAGAAAUUCCCCAAGCUCCUGUCCAUCCUGCAAGGUUACAAGGAGGUCCAGGCCUCCAACAGCCUCCUCCUAAUUGAGUUCACGGUACUACAGGAGUACCUGUACCUCCUCCAGGCUGCCGCUGAGGCUCUGUCCUUUGCAGGUACCCAUGCCAUGUUCUACCUUGCCGCGGCCGUGUCAGACUUCUACAUCCCUAGCCAGGAAAUGAUUGAGCACAAAAUUCAAUCAGCCGAUGGUCCACCUAACAUCACCCUCCAUGUGGUGCCCAAGAUGCUGACUCCGUUGGUUCGCCACUGGGCCCCAGAGGCCUUUGUUGUGUCGUUCAAACUGGAGACGGAUCGGUCGUUGCUGUUGGACAAGGCCAGACAAGCCUUGGAAAAGUACAACCACCAGGUGGUUAUAGCUAAUAUUCUAGAGGAGCGCAACGAGUGGGUAACCAUGGUAACACCGGAAGAAUACCAGAAGCUGUCCAUCACAGACAAAAGUUGGUCCUGCAUCAUUGAGGAGCUUAUUAUACCUGAUCUGGUCACCAAACACACUGUGUUCAUUGUCAACAACUCAAGCGACUGACGGGAAGACAGUUCAGCAUUUGAAAUACCUGGGUGCAGUUGGUCGAUCUGCAGGUUCUCAAUUACAUACUUCUCCAUCAGACAGUGCCUGUCUUUGAUGUUAAUGGUUUUGAGAAGAUGGUUUUUUUAUACAAAAUUGUAAAUUCGGAUUUUUUUCUACAGGAUUGACUGAAAUCACGUUGUGAUGGAGUGAUCAUGCAGAUCAAGUGGUUGCACCCAACAUUUAUAUUUUGUGGAAGUGUUACUUCUCCAGUACUACAUAAAUGUUAAGGAAGAGUUGAAGGCCUUAUGAUGUAUAGUCAAUUGGUCAUAAAGCUCGUUGCAGCACAGAGGAAAGAUUUCUUGUGUGAGUUUGCCCUGAAAAUGAAUAGAGAACACGGUUCAAAAAGGCAAGUUAACCAUGUCUUCUCUAAACUGCACAAAUCACAAAAAGUGAUGACCCACAAGAUACCCCCUAAGGGCAGGUUGGAAUCCCCAAACUACAGUGUGACAACAGGUCUGUGUCAUCUUAUCAGUGUACAAGCGUGGUAGGAUCCCAGUCUACCAACCCUCAUCCAACCACCUUUGUGAAUCUCAUCGUUUAUUCACUCUGUUGGUUACAAUUUUCAAUGUGUUCGCGGUCUCUGCCAUGUUGCGCAAUAAUUUCAUGCCUGCAGAUCCAUCCAUUCUUAAUUACCUGAAGGCUUGUGAUAAGGCUGCAUACAAAAUUGUUCGUCAUCAUUUUUUUUUUCAUGAAGGUGGGUCCAGUGAGAGUUUUUUUCCUGAUGACAUCCCAAACCCGACAUGAAAAUAUCAAUCAUUUUUAGUUUCUCACCUAAACAACUUACAUUUUGGGGUUUUUCCUUUUUAUCUUGGCUCCACAUCGACAAUGUCGAAGAUCGAUAUCACUUUCUGAUAAUUAUUCUGUUUAUACGAUGCCAACAAGUCUUAUUUGAGUGUAGAGGUGUGUUAAUUUAAUGGCAGAAGCACAUGUCGCCUACAUUUGCUGCACGACCAGUUGCUGAAUCCUGGCUUUGUCUACAACGUGCCUCGUUUUUAAUCUGCUGAUUUUGAAAUUUCUAGUAGUUUUUGGCAAGUUGAGUAUCAAACUGUAUGCUAUUGACCAAAAUAUUUUCAUUUAGUUUGAACAAAAUACAGGCCAACAAGUGAUUUCAAUGACGGAGACAAACAUGGGAUGGAAGCAAGGAUGAAAUUUGGAAAAGUUCUCCAGAUUUCCAGUGAGACAUUACUACAACAAGCACACUCUGUGAUUGUUCAGGCGAACACUCAGCUGCAGAC